AUCGUGAUGUACUAGUUGAAGGGAUCUCGUCCAUCCUCCUGUAGUUCCAGAUGAUGAAAAUGCCGCUGUUUGGUAAGGGGACGAAAUCUCCUGCUGAAGUUGCCAGGAUUCUCAAGGAUGGACUGCUGGUUCUUGAGAAGGGAGGGGACGGCAAGAAGCAGGAGAAAGCCCAGGAGGAUGUCAGCAAACAGUUUAAUUACAUCACAACAGUCGUCUUUGGUAACGAGAGUGAACAGCAGUCUGAUAUUCUGGUUGCUCAACUCUCACAGUUUGCGAAGGUAUUUGAGAAAUACGAGAAAUUGUUGCAUAGCGAUAAUUACGUAACCAGACGACAGUCCUUGAAGCUGUUGGGAGAACUUUUAUUAGACAGACACAACUUCUCUGUGAUGACCAAAAACAUCUCUAACCCAGACAAUCUCAAGCUCAUGAUGAACAUGUUGAAGGAAAAGUCGCGAAACAUUCAGUUCGAGGCGUUCCACGUGUUCAAGGUGUUUGUCGCAAACCCAAACAAACCAAAGCCAAUCCUUGACAUUCUGAUCCGAAACCAGGACAAGUUGGUGGACUUCCUCUCCAAGUUCCACACGGACAGGUCAGAGGACGAGCAGUUUAACGACGAGAAAGCAUAUCUCAUCAAACAGAUUAAGGAGUUGAAACCACUUCCAGUUGAGGCUGUUUAAACCAGUUCUGUUCUUGAAAGAUCUGAAUUGCUUUUGUAGGAUAAAAUUAUGCUUUAAUUGUAUUUGUUCAUCAGUAUUUUCUAUAUAUUUAUACUUUUUUACCUUGCUACACACCACACAAUAAUUUCAGA